AUGACGACGUACAACUUCAACACGCAGAACUACUUACAAGUCUCAGGAACAGCCAUUGGAACAAAGGUUGCACCAUCCUUUGCCAAUCUCUUCAUGGCAGACUUCGAGGAAAGUCAUGUCUACACUCACCCAACAACAACUAGUCUAGCUGAUGCUGAGCUGGUGCGCGCUCUACCGGAUUUGGACAAGGAUCGGAUCAACGGGUUACUGUCACCGCUAGGGAUCAAGUGGCACUUCAACCCGCCUGCAGCACCACACUUUGGGGGUGCCUGGGAACAUCUUGUGAGUUCAGUGAAAAGGGCGUUGAGCGCGACACUUAAAAAUACCCUGGUGACCGACACCGUCUUGUGCACCGCGUUGAUCGAAGUUGAGGCAGUUCUGAACUCGCGACCGCUCACUCAAAACAGCCCGGAUCCUCAUGACUUCUCAGCCAUGACACCUAAUCAUUUCUUGUUGGGAUGUGCAGAUCGAAAGAUUCCACCAGUGGAAUGUCAGGACCGUGAAAUAAAUAGUCGCCGCCGAUGGCGUCAGUGCCAAGUCAUCGCGAACCGCGUUUGUAGCCGUUCGAAAAAGGAGUACCUGCAAACAUUGACAGUGAGGAGUCGCUGGACAAAGGACGCUGAUUCCACAACAGUGGGUAGUCUAGUGUUACUUGUAGAUGAGGAAACCCCUCGAGGACACUGGGAGUUGGGGUGCAUUACAGUGACAUAUCGAGGAGACGAUGGGCGUGUGCACGCAGUCGAUGUUAAAACCGCGAGAAAUACUUACCGCAGGCCCGCUGCAAAGGUGUGCAUCCUUGAAGAAAACGUGAACAACCGUGAUGACAAUCAUGAUGACGCCGCAUAA